UUAACUGAAUCAACUAGGCUAGGUACCAUAGGAUUAUUCUUGCACAAACUAAUCCUGGAUGUCUCUCAUUUUUGUUGUAUAAAAUAUGGAGGAAAAAAGGCAAAUAUCCAAUGCAGCAGACUUUCCUUUAAACACUCUGGGAACUGUAGAGGACCAGAGAAAAAAGUCUCCCUGGUGCCUGGACAUGAACCAUUAUGUCAUUAAGAAGAGUACAGCCCAGAGCAUGCUUGAAAUAUCUCUGCUGAUGGCUAACUCUUCUCAGCUAAAGUCUGCACUGCAGGAGGGGCCUGAGUACCGAUUCCAUCUAAUUGCACUCAUCAUUCUGUCCAUUACACUUGAGAUCACCGUUGGCCUUCUUCUUAUCCUCACUGUCAAACAUAACCUGAAUGAUGAAAUGAAACAACCUAAAUUGAACAUGUUAAACAAUGUGGCUACAGUUUUGGUCUUCAUUACUCUCCUCAUCAAUGUCCUCAUCACUGCAUUGGGUUCUGAUUCUGAAGGGAGUUAUUCAAAGAUGGAUGCUGCCAGUCCUCAAAUAGACUCUCCUGGGGAUAAUUAAAUAUUAUUUAUACAUUAUAUACAUUUUUAUAUUAAAAAUGUGUUACUUAUUUAGGUUUAGACUCAAUAGAAGACAAAGACAAAUGAUAACAUUUUGG